CAGGGCGUGUUCCUGAUUUGGGUGUGCAGUCUUGCCCCGAACGAGUGCAUCUCUUGCGGCCCGAGUUUGUUCUGCGGAACCUGUGAUCCCUGCCCUCCCAGCUGUUAGGUGCUGCCCUCGGCGACCAUGUCUAAAUCUCUGAAAAAGUUGGUGGAGGAGAGCCGGGAAAAGAACCAGCCGGAAGUGGACAUGAGUGACCGGGGCAUCUCCAACAUGCUGGAUGUCAACGGCCUGUUCUCUUUAUCCCAUCUCACCCAACUGGUGCUCAGUCACAACAAGCUAACAACGGUUCCACCAAAUGUGGCAGAACUGAAGAACUUGGAAGUGCUCAACUUCUUUAAUAACCAGAUUGAGGAGCUGCCCACCCAGAUCAGCAGCCUCCAGAAGCUCAAACACCUAAACCUUGGCAUGAACAGGCUGAACACUUUGCCUCGAGGAUUUGGCUCUCUACCAGCUCUUGAGGUCCUUGACUUGACUUACAACAACUUGAAUGAAAAUUCUCUUCCAGGAAACUUCUUCUACCUUACCACCCUGCGUGCACUCUAUCUAAGUGACAACGAUUUUGAAAUCCUGCCGCCAGAUAUUGGGAAGCUCACAAAGUUGCAGAUACUCAGCCUCAGGGAUAACGACCUGAUCUCACUGCCCAAGGAAACUGGGGAGCUUACUCAGCUUAAGGAGCUGCACAUUCAGGGCAACCGCCUGACCGUUCUGCCCCCAGAACUAGGAAACUUAGAUUUAACUGGUCAGAAGCAAGUAUUCAAAGCCGAGAACAACCCCUGGGUCACUCCAAUCGCCGACCAGUUCCAGCUGGGCGUGUCGCAUGUCUUUGAGUACAUCCGUUCUGAGACAUACAAGUACCUCUACGGCAGACACAUGCAGGCAAACCCAGAACCACCAAAGAAGAAUAAUGACAAAUCGAAAAAGAUCAGCCGGAAACCCCUGGCAGCCAAAAACAAAUGAGGGCUGGGCAUGGACUGGGCUCUCGGCCUGCUCUCCACAAUCACUCCUGACUUCGCUUGCUCUCUCACAAAUAGGUACAAUGUGCGUGUGCCUGUCUUUCCUUCCUGCCCCCUCCCUCCCUCUCUUUUUCCUCACUUUUUUUAAGUGUUUAGCCUCCUUGCCUUUUACAUUCUUUCGGUAGGUGGUAGAUUUUUAUAAGUUCUUAAACCCAUUUCCAUUUGUUUCCUUAAAAUUGCCAAAAGCAGGAAACAAAGCACUAAUUCAACUGCAAAUUCCACAGCAGGCCCAGGUCUCGCUUCCUUGAAUAGCUAUCACAAAGCCGCUUCUUAUAAAAAGAAUAAUUAAAAUCAUGUAACCAUUUAAAUGUCACCCUGAACACGCUUCACUCUUCUGCUUAGUCACAGAAGUCAUGACUUAGCUUUGUUGCACGCUUUCCUUCACCACCCAGAAACGGUGUUAAUUUAACUUCCAAUUGACUGUAAUAAAACCUUGAGUUUGUA